UAGUGCCCUCGAUGGUUUGACACCUCUACGCUUCAAUUUUGUCUUCAUUUUGUCGGUCCAGGUCUUUUUAAUUCGUUUACGACACGUUUGGUCACUUAAUGCAUAGAGACAUAUGCGUGGGAGCAUAGCGUAUUAUCAUAUCAUGCACCACCCAGAAAAUUAACGCCGCCUUACAUUUGCAAAUUAACUGCUAUGAGUUCUCCACAAACUCCCGUUUACCGUACGUCAGUAGAACAAAAGAGACAUGCUCAAAAUGUGGCCAAAAAACACCGUAUGGGCAUGCCGAAACUGCGUGAUAUGUUGCGUGAGAAGUACCGUAAACGUAUUACAGAGACUCGCACAAGAUUAAUAGAUGCUAACCGCACAGUACAAUUGAAUGAACUUAAGGAAUAUAUUCGCACGGAGCUCAGCGAGUUUGACAAAGAUUUGGAGCUGGAGCAGAACAUUCUAGACGAAUUAUUUUCUGAUGUAAACGAAUGGUAUGCUUUGGGCGAACAAAAUUUGGAAACGUACGUGGAACCAGACGAUCCAAUACACCACAAUAUAUUGUGCCCUGUCUGCCUUAUAAAACCAUUGCAACGUCAGGAAACUGCCUACCUGUGUGAAUGUGGAAUUAAGUUUGAGCAUACAUCUAACAUGAAACAACUGGAGAGAUUGCUACAUCAGCAAAUUGCAUCACAUGAAAUUAAGUGUACUCAGGCACUACGAUUUUUUAUAGAGCCUUCCACCGGUCACCUUUACAAUAUGUGUGGAAGUUGCGAUUAUUUCUCUUCCGUUUAGUUUAUAUUAAGAUUAACUUUUUAGAUGUCUGCGCCCAAGACCGUACAUAUUGAAUACUAAAUACAAUUUAUAUAAAAACAAACAACUUAAA